AUGGCCAGGUUGCUUGAGGGACUUGAGAAGGUCAUUAAAAGCGCAAAACCGGAGGAGGUGACGAAAGCUGCUGCUGACAUUCCCAAGCUGCCGGAGGUGACUGAGACCAGCGCGGUGGACUUUGGGGAUUGGCUCUACUGUGCCGAGAAUGUCAUGGGAGAUCUGAGUGCAACUUCGGCGGAGUGGUGGAAGCAUAUACUCGAAGACGCGAUGGACUACUACAAGAAGUAUCAAGAGGCGGAUCAGUUUGGAAGACUGGCCCUGAAACCCUCGCCCGGCACUGAGGCAGCGGACCCAAAAUGGGCAAGGGUCGACCGACGAGCAGCGGGAGCCCUCUUGAAUGCCGUGCCGGAGGAGAUAAAGAAGGACUUGGUGGCAUCGAGGUCGCGGUCUACGUUGGACAUCUUGGCGCGGUUGAUGGUGUUGUACCGCCCUGGAAGUGCCACGGAGAAGUCGAUGUUGCUGAGGAGAGUUGAGUUUCCCGAUCCAGCUGGGAAUGCUCAUGAGGCUGUUACGGGGCUGCGUCAAUGGGCCAGGUUCUACCAGAGGGCGAAGGACCUAGGACUGGCGACUCCGGAUCCUUCAAUACUCCUCAAGUCUUUAGAAGGGCUGGUUAAGCGCCCGAUGGCAGAGCAUGGGGACAUUACGUUCCGGAUGAACCUCAUGAGGUACCACCUUCGCGUCGACUUCUCACCCACUGAGACGAGCGUCAUGGCAAUACACCGGGCGUACCUGGCAGAGUUUGAACAGCUGGGCUACAAACGGGGGAAACCAAAGGAAGACAAUGCUGGGACACAACAGCAGCCAAGGAUGCGAGCAGUGGAGGCUCAACAGAAGGCGGUGUCCACGGGCGACUCACCUCAGUCCUCAACUGGGGGAACAGGUGUACCAGUGGAGCAGCUCAUUGAGGACGCUCAAAGGUUGAUGAAGGCCUUCAUGGAGCAAAAGAGCGGGUCACCUACGAUGAGGACCUUGCGCGUGGAGAGUGGUGGUUCCGAUCGAGAGAUGGAGGAUUCGCCACAGCUGAGGGAGCUCUUGAAGAACAAUGAGGAGCUGACCAAGCUUUGCAAGAUGGGGCUUCUGGACUCAGGAGCUACGCACCCACUGAGGCCGCGGGUGUCGAAUGACUCAGUGAACGGUGUUGGAAGCGUCAAUGUCACCUUGGCGGGGGAGAACAGGGUCAAGAUGGACCAGACCAAGACGGGCACCAUCCUGGGAGGCAAAGACGCACAGCCCAUUGUACCUUUGGGUACUUUGGUGAAAUCGCUGGGAUAUGAGUUCGCAUGGGAUCGUAGAGGAUGUAGGCUGAGACAUCCCACAAAGAAGGAGAUCAAGGUCUAUACCAGGUCUACGUGUCCAGAGAUAAUGCAGUGUGACGCCUUGAGGUUGAUCGCGGAGUUGGAGCAGGCGAAGAUCGACGAGACAAUGGAGUCGUUGGCCCAACUCAAGGCAUCAGUCAGCGCAGCGAGGGACUACAAGGAGAGGAGCUGGAAGGACAUGGUGCGGGACUACGUGGCUUCUGGCACUGUGGACGAUGCAACAAGGGCGGUCUUGGCGGCACCGUUCAUGCACCAUGCGCCUAUGAAUGGGCAACUCAAGAUCCUACCGAAGUCCCCGGAUAACGCAGACCAGGCCUGGGUGUGGAUGAAGCAGUUCCCGCUCAACAGAGCAAGAAGGCGACAGCUAUGGCAAUCUAGGGAGUGGAUAGUUCAUCUGUUCUCGGGAAAAAGUGCGCGAAGUGAUCCUCUACGAGAUCUUCCCGGACUGCUUGAAGUGGACCUUCAGAAGGGGUGGAACCUCAACGAUGAGAAGAUCUACGGUGUGUUGGUGUGGGCCGCCCGAGAAGGGAGGAUCAAGCAUGUCUUUGGAGGGCCACCGGCGGGAACCUUUUCGCCUAUGAGGUACAAGAGUGGCAACCAUGCGGAGCUUAGGCCUUUGAGGUCGGUGCAUGAGCCGUGGGGACUCAGGGAAGGAUUGACUGCCGAAGAGUCCUCUAAGGUCCACAAUGAGAACAUGAUGCUGUACAAGAUGUUGUGGUUGUGGCUAUGUGCGGAGGUUGCCAAUGAGGAUCGAGAUGCUCCUGGACACAAGGUGGGCUUUUGUAUGGAGUACCCGGAAGAUCCAAGGGAGUACCUGCCAGAGGGAAAUCAGAAGAGCACAUGUGUAUCGGUAUGGCGUACGGAGCUUGUUCAGAAGUUUGCAAGCCACAUGGAGUUGGACAAGGUGCAGUUUGAGCAAGGGGCCCUUGGACACAUGGUGAGAAGGCCUACGUGUUGCCUCACGAACAUGGGUUUGGGAAUACAUGGUCUCAAAGAUUCGCGAGCCUUUGUUAGUUCAGAAAGUGCAGAAGGUGACCAGACCGUUUGGCCACAUGGUUUCAGAAUUACAUUGGCGGACGCGAUCCAUGAAUGGGAGAGAAGUGGAGGUCCGGCUCUGCGCAAGGCAAUGACCAAGAAGGAGUUGGAAGAGUGGAAGGCCCAUGUGGAACGAGGCACGGGGCGGCCAGCACGCCGCGUGGUGCACAGGGAUGCCUAUGUUAUGAGUUUGGAUAUCGCCGGACCGUUCGCUGAAAAGGGAAGAGACGAAGUUCGCGGAGGGAGAUACAAGUUCGUUCUCGCGGCAACCUACCUCUUUCCAAAGAUUCGGGAAGUUCCUGUAGAUGCUCCAAUCCCUGACGAGGAAGAGGCUGAGAAGUUCCUAGAGGAGGUGGACGAAGAGCCCGGGGAACCAGAAGGAUUGCCGUUGACCCGAAUACACAGCGACAGAGCUCGAGAAUUCAGGGUGAAGCCGGUGAGAAAGUGGUGCAGGGAACGAGACAUCUACCAGACGUUCACGGAAGGUUUGGCACCCACACAGAAUGCGGCAGCGGAAAGCCAUGUGAAGUGGCUCAAGUCCCAGGCCCGGACCCACCUUGGAGCAGCGGAGCUGGAUAAGGAGCUGUGGCCGUGCGCAAUGAAGCAUGCAUGCCAGUUGCACAAUGCGAGGCAGCUGGGACACAAGUCUCCAGAAAUCAAGUUUGGUUCAGUGGUUUGGGUCAAGUCCAAGAAAGACCGAGGUCCGUUUGAUCCAAAGUGGGAACGAGGAAAGUACAUGGGUCCAGCGGACGAUGUUCGAGAAGGACAUGUGGUUCGUCUGGAUGAUGGACUCUGGCUUCGGACAUUGCAUAUGCGUACAGUCAGGGAUGACGAAGUUGAGGAUGAAGAUGAAGCCGAGCAUGUGAUCGACCUCGUGGAGCCCACAAGGAGGAUCAGAAGGAAAACCAAGCUGCCGGACCCAGAGAUACACAGUUUGAGAGCGGACGCAAGAAAGGCUCUGGUGAAGCGGCUACUCAAGUCAAGGAUUUGGGAGCACGAAGAAGCCAGAGUAGAACGACCCCAAAUGAAGGAGGGACAAGUAUGGGAUGGAGCUGCGUAUGUCAACUUGGGCGCCUACCAGCAUGGUGGGAUCACAAGCAUCACCAAGGCGACGGAGAAGUUCAUGGAGGAAGCAGAGAUUGCCGCGCAGCUUAUUGCCUUGGAUCAUCCGGGAAGGCCAUUCACGUCUAUUGCUCUGGUAAAGAAUGCAACAAUGCCGGUGCACAAGGACUCGUUCAACCUCAAAGAGACGAUGAACCUGGUGUCGCCGGUGAGCGUGACCACAGGAAGCAGUGUUUGGCAGGAAAUGAAGCCAGGGGAUGAGUUCUAUGGCAACUACCAUGCCAUGUGGGUUAAUGGAAGGGAGGUACCGGGCCAAAAGUUCAGCAUCGAAAGGCCUACAAUGGUACGACCUGAUCGACUACAUGCACCCCUCAAGGGAGACUCAGGAGAUCGUGUUGUGGCUAUCGGGUACAAUGUGAGCAAGUGGGAGAAGCUCUUGGAUCAUCAGUGUGAAGAUCUACAGGAGCUAGGUUUCCAGUUGCCCGCUAGAUUCACUACAAGCUUCGACGGCUAUUCCAACGACAGGAACUACGGCGGUGUCGGGAACAAGUGGUGGGGCUCUGGACUCUUCAAAUGCCCUUAUAGCACUCAGACUUCGUCCUCGGGCUCAGCGACUAGAUCCCGAGAGCAUCUUCCAGAAAUGGGAGGCGAAAGGUUGGAUACUAUGGUGGUGCCUGGUGGGAGAGUGGAGCUGCGCUUACGAUGGGCUAUUCGAUUCUGUCCGGAUCCGGGAGAACAGGAUGAGGCAAUUAUGACAUCAAUGCCUCUUCUUCCCCUUGGAAAUGAGGAGGAGCAACGGAUGAGGAGUCGAGUGACAUGGCUGUCUGAGUUUGUGGAGGAAGAAAGACAAAUUCGCAUCAGACAAGCGGCACGAGGAGAAUACCCCACGCAACGGGAAAGGCAGCUGUUCUACAAGUUGGACGAUGCCAUCGACUACAUGAAUGAGGUUUUGGCCUUGAGUCAUCAAGCUCGGGAAGAAGGAAACGUGAACCUCAUGAGGCUUGCUGCAAACUCCGAAGCCACCCCGGAAGUGGAGCAGAUGUUGCAGAAGCUUGCAGUCAAGUACGCGAUCACGGUGCCCAAGGUGGUAGUCGAGGCGGGCUAUGCGCCACCGGACAUCGCCUACAUGGUGGACCGUGUCCUGUAUGGACUUAGAGAAGCUCCGAGAUUGUGGGGGAGUUUCCGAGAUCGACGUGUUGGCCGGGCAAGGCUGAAGGUAGAUGGCCAAGACUGUAUGUUCCUCCAGAUGGAAACGGACCAAGCAGUUUGGCGUUUGGUGGCGUGUGAAGAUCCGAUCAGAACCAAGGCCAUCAUGAUCAUCUACGUGGAUGACGUGUUGAUGCUUGGGCCAGAAGGUGUU